AACCUGUGUUGCUGCAUUCAAGGUGACUCGAAGAAGCCUUCCAAAAAGCGUGUGAAAAGGGAGCCCUACUCUACUACCAAGGUGACUUCAGGGAGCACAUUCAAUGAGAAUACAAGAAGAUAUGCUGUGCACACCAACCAGUGUCGGAGACCUCAUGGCUCCCCGGUAAAGAAGAAGAUGUACCCACAAGAAGAUGACUUCCAUCAUACAAUCUUCAGCAACCUUGAAAGAUCGGACAAGCUUCAGCCCACUCUUGAAGCUUCUGAGGAGUCUCGAGUUCACAAGGACAGAGGAGAUGGAGAGAGGCCAGUCAAUGCAAGGGUAGUGCAGGUGGCCCCCCUGAGGCGUGAAUCUACUCCCCAUGGGGACGCCAUCCACGACACCGCCAACGAGGACACCUUCCACAACACCGCCGACGAGGACGCCGUCCACAGCACCGCUGACAAGGAUGCCGUCCAGGGCACCGCCAAUGACACUGUCCACGGCAUCGCCGACGAGGACGCCAUCCAGGGCAUCGCCGACGAGGACGCCAUCUACGGCAUCGCCGACUGGGAUGCCAUCCAGGGAUUCACUGACUGGGACGCCGACCAGGGCCUCACUGACUGGGACGCUGACCAGGGCCUUGCUGACUGGGACGCCGUCCAGGGCCUCGCUGACUGGGACGACGUCCACGGCUUCGCUGACGGGGAUGCCAUCAAGGGCAUCACUGAUGGCAUCGCCGACGAGGACGCCGUCCAGGGCAUCGCCGACGAGGACGCCAUCAACGGCAUUGCCGACGAGGACGCCAUCCACGGCAUCACUGACUGGGACACCAUCCAGGGAUUCACUGACUGGGACACCAUCCAGGGCCUCGCUGACUGGGACGCCGUCCAGGGCCUCGCUGACUGGGACGCCGUCCACAGCUUCCCUGACGGGGAUGCCAUCAAGGGCAUCACUGACAGGGAUGCUGCCCAGGGCUUCGCUGAAGGGGACGUCGUCCAUGGCAUCGCUGAUGGUGUCACUGUCCAGGGCAUCGCUGACGAGGAUGCAGUCCAGCUCAUCGCUGACGAGGGCCCCGUCCAUGGCAUCACUAAAGAGGAUGCCGCCCAGGGCUUCGCAAACAAGGAUGCCACCCAGGGCAUCGCUAAUGAAGAAGCUGCCCAGGGCAUCGCUAACGAGGAGGCCGUCCACGGCAUCCCUAACGAUGUCGCCAUUCAGGGCAUUGCUAACGAGGAUGCCGUCCAGGGCAUCGCUAACGAAGAUGGAGUCCACGGCAUCGAUAACGAGGACGCCGUCCAGGGCAUCGCCAACAAGGACGCCAUCCACGGGUUCGCCGACGGGGUCGCCGUCCACGGCUUCGCCGACGGGGACGCCGCCUAG